AUGGACGAGGAAACUAUCAAGCAAGCCGUUUCUGCAAAGCAAGCGACUCGUGAAAAGUCACGCUUGCAUCUCCUUAUGACUGCCUGGGAGAUAGAGGAGGCUGAGCGUCAUCAAACGCUUCUUAGCCUACUUCAGUGGAAGAAUGCUCGUGAAUACGUUGAAGCUUCCAAUGAAGCCCACAUGUUCGAAAGGUUCAUGACCCACCGUCACGCAAACCAGCUCGAAGAUGACUUUGACUUUGGUGUUGGAACCUAUGAUGAGGAGCUGCUAGAAUUCAGCAUUUCAGAGGAGCAAUUGAAUCAACUUGAGGCCUUUGCAAUCGAUCACAACUUGCACGACUCCAACCAGACAAUCACCAAGGAUAAGUAUUCUACGGACCCCUUCAUCAACAGCGCUGAAUUGGAGGAUGACGACGAGAGCUGUUGCGAUGACAUAUCGGAAAUUUUCCAGCUCUCUGACCAUGCCUCCCAAGAAACCAUCAAAGGGAAAGCGGAAAUCAAAGCAAAUACCGAAAUUCCCAGAGUCCACAGGGAAGAACCCAUGUGGCAAUACCGCCAGCGCUCAGAUUGGACUGGCCAUAGAGCGUCCGGUAGUGCCAUCCAGACUGGCUAUACAGCCAGCAGCCGCUCACCCCCCUCAACCAAGGCCGCACAGUGCACAAUUGAUGGCAGGUCCAUCGAUGGCACCGUAUGUGCGAUCCCUGCAGCAGGGGCUCCCACAUAUGUACAAUAUGAUGUGCCCCCCACAGAUGAACCCUCUUGGCCGGGACAUGAUGGGUGGUGCAUCGACAAUGUCCCAUCCUCAAUACCCCCCUCUAACCAGCAAUCAAUGGCUGGCACAUCAGCCAUACCACCUGCUCAAUUUGAGCAGCGGAUGCCCUCACAGUCCGCCACCCCCUUCCAGUACCAAUCCCGCAUACAGGCUCCCACGCUCAACGUGGAAGGAAUCCACCAGGCUGUUGAUAACUACAGGCCAGGUCUGAGGAUGCAAGCAGACCACAGCGACGCAUUGCUACGCGUCCCUUCAGUACGUGCAGCGAGUCGAGCAGCACCGUAUGAAGCCUAUCGCCUCAUCAUGGCAUAUGCGAAGCCAAGACCAGGUGAACUAGUGCGGGGUGAGGAAUUUUCAACCGGCGUGAUUCGUGUUGUACCCGGAUCCUCGAGAGCCGUUCGCAAGCCUGUCCACCUGCGCCUCCCUCCUGUAGAACCCGCAGGCACAGGUCACAUAGCCCAACCAGGCUUGGGCUCCCCUGCCAUGACUGAUCAACCUCUCAUGUCCAACAGUACCCAACCACCUCCACUGUCAUCAGCCACCAUCUCACGCAUUGUUGACAGUGCCCGCAACGCGUUCAAGAGGGAUUUCCUUAACAACUUGAUGGUGGCGAGCAACGAUUUGAAAGACAUGGCACUUCGCGCAUUCAAUCAGGGAGUGGAGAUGCAUUCGUCACCAUCGACGAUGAACUCAGUCGAUGCAUGGGUGGCUGGAAGCCAAAAAACCGAAGUGAAGAAGCUCAAAACUAUUCCGAACAGCAUUCGAAGUAUAUUCAAAGAUGUAGGUCAAUCCGCAGUCGAUUUUGCCCUCCCUAUUAGCGAGCGGAACAAAGAGUUGGUGCACCAGCAGGUUUACAUUGAUAGCCUCUGCAUCGGCUUUGCUUACCUCGACGAUCCAGACACUAAUGCAGCAUUCAGAAACCCUGCCCUCUUCCGCAUAAUCAACUGUGUAUUACUUGAGAAGAGGUUGUCCCGCUGGAUUGACCCAAACAAGCGUGACCACGACAAUAUCAUUGCAUUCUCCGGCACAAUCUUACUUUGGGCGCUGCAGGAGCAUGCUAAGGGCGCCGCCGGCAAGUCAGAAUUUGUUGAGGAGGACAAUAGGGCAGCGUUUGAUUCGAUCGUCCAACAUUUGAACGACCUGUCGCCGUCGGAGAGGGCAGCUGUGGAUAAGCUCGUUGAUGAUAUUUUGGCCGAGAUGCAGUAA